AUGGACGUCCUCUCCGCUUCCAUCCCCGUCGCGUUCAGGGAACCUCUCGCCAAGGCAGAGCUCAGCUUCCCCCCAAGUCCGGCUACUACUGUAAGGGAAGGACUGUCUUACAGCGUCGACGGCGGAUCAGAAUAUUCGGUUUCGGGAGGUCUACUGGACGAACCGAGCGUUGAGGGAUCUCGAACCUAUCCCUUGCCUCCCAAAUCAAGAACUAACAAGGUUCUGGCCGAGGAUCUCAAGACACCAGACAACCAUGUCACCCGAGACCCGCGACUAAUACGCUUGACCGGAAUCCACCCCUUCAACGUCGAGGCCCCUCUGAGCGAUUUGUACGACGAAGGCUUCAUCACCACCAAGGACCUGCACUAUGUUCGGAAUCAUGGGCCCGUACCUAAAGUUGAGGACGAAGACAUGUUCGACUGGGAAUUUACCGUUGAGGGUCUGGUCGAGAACCCCAUCAAGAUGACACUCAGAGACCUCAUCUCAGACUACGAACAGAUCACCUACCCCGUCACCCUGGUAUGUGCUGGCAACCGCCGAAAAGAGCAGAACAUGGUGCGCAAAUCAAAAGGCUUCUCAUGGGGCGCCGCCGGCUUGUCAACAGCCCUUUGGACCGGCGUGUCGAUCGGCGAUCUCCUUGCCCGGGCAAUGCCCAAGAGAGGUGCAAAGUACGUUUGCUUCGAGGGUGCCGACAAGCUGCCCAACGGUUACUACGGAACCAGUAUCAAGCUCAACUGGUGCAUGGACCCCAACCGCGGAGUGACGGUAUGCUACCGCAUGAACGGCGAGCUGCUGCACCCUGACCAUGGGAAACCCGUCCGCAUCAUCAUUCCCGGCCAGAUCGGCGGCAGGAGUGUCAAGUGGCUCAAGAAGAUCAUCGUCACAAAGGAACCAAGUACCAACUGGUACCACAUCUACGACAAUCGAGUGCUUCCUACUACGGUCUCCCCAGAUGCGAGCGCAGACCUACCUGAGGUAUGGAAGGACGAGCGAUACGCAAUCUACGACCUCAACACGAAUAGCGCCACCUGCUACCCUGCUCACGACGAAGUUGUUCCCUUGGGUGGUCUAUCAGAGACCUACAAAGUCCGCGGGUACGCGUAUGGCGGCGGCGGCAGGAGGAUCACAAGAGUGGAAAUCACCCUCGAUCGCGGCAAGACGUGGCUCCUCGCCAACGUCAACUACCCCGAAGAUACAUAUCGGCUGGCCCCGGAAGGCGAGACCCUCUACGGUGGUAGAGUCGACAUGGACUGGAGGGAGACCAGCUUCUGCUGGUGCUUCUGGGAUCUGGACAUACCCAUUGCUCAGCUCGCCGACGCGGCAGACGUCAUGGUCCGUGCCAUGGACGAAAGCAUGAUGGUGCAGCCGAGGGACAUGUACUGGAGUGUUUUGGGCAUGAUGAACAACCCGUGGUUCAGAGUGGUCAUCCACAAGGAGGGGCACAGCCUGCGCUUCGAGCACCCCACUCAGCCGGCACUCAUGGCUGGUGGAUGGAUGGAGCGCGUCAAGAAAGCGGGAGGUAAUCUCUCUAACGGCUUCUGGGGCGAGAAAAUCGAGGGCGAAGCCGACAACAUCUUCGAGCCGGAAGAAAUCAAGGAUAUUUGCAUGACGAAGGACACCGUCAAGCGCGACGUCACCAUUGAAGAGCUUCGCCAGCACGGCAGCGAGGAGGAGCCUUGGUUCGUCGUCAACGGCGAGGUCUACGACGGCACCCCCUUCCUCGAGGGUCAUCCGGGAGGUGCCGCGUCCAUCUUCGGCGCCGCCGGCCAAGACGUGUCGGAAGAGUUCUUAACGAUCCACAGUGAGAAUGCCAAAAAGAUGAUGCCCGACUACCACAUCGGCACCCUGGACGAGGCGGCUCGGAAGCUGCUCGCCGAAGGCGAGGUCGUGCCGGAGGACGACGACAAGACGUCACGGUCUGUCUUCUUGCAGUCCAAGAGCUGGACCAAAGGCAUCCUCUCGGAAAGGAAGAAGGUGUCGUCCGAUUCCAAGAUCUUCACCUUCACACUCGAGCACCCGGAGCAGAUGGUCGGCCUGCCGGUCGGCCAGCACCUGAUGAUGAGGCUGCGCGACCCCGUCACCCGCGAGGCCAUCAUCCGCGCCUACACGCCCAUCUCGGAGGGCACCGACAAGGGCAAGCUGCACGUGCUCAUCAAGAUAUACUACAGCACAACGGAACGCGAGGGCGGCAAGAUGACGCAGGCCCUCGACUCCAUCCCUGUGGGUCACUUUGUCGACUUCAAGGGCCCCGUCGGCAAGUUCGAGUACCUCGGCAACGGGCUGUGCUCCAUCGCCGGCAAGCCGCAACGCGCCGUCAAGCGCUUCAUUAUGAUCUGCGCGGGCUCGGGCAUCACGCCUAUCUUCCAGGUCCUGAGGGCCGUCAUGAAGAACGCUGCCGACCCGACGAGGUGUCUCGUCCUCGACGGCAACCGCGUCGAGGAGGACAUACUCUGUCGCGAGGAUCUCGACGUCAUGGCCGCGGCCCACCCGGACAGGUGCCGCCUGCUCUAUACUCUCACGAAGCCUGAUGCGUCUUGGACAGGUCUGAAGGGCAGGAUGGACGGCAAGUUUUUUGAGGAGCACGUGGGCGCGUGCCCCAACGAAACCGGUGGCGACGAGCUCGUCCUCGUGUGCGGACCUGAGGCGUUGGAGGCAAGCGUGCGCUCCACCCUCACUGGGCUCGGCUGGAAGGGAGACGACUUGUUGUUUUUCUAA